AUGUGGAGUUGGAUUAUCAACAACAUUGGCACUCGGAAUAACGAUCUUAAAAGUGGGUACCUUUACAAUGUGGCCUGUCUGAGUGAUGAAGAAAUCUGGAAAAGCGGAGAUGAAAGCACCAUAAAACUCUUCAGCAUCAAUCAGAGAUCACCACUCAAGUCAAUCAUAACCAAGUCAGGGAACACACCAGAGGACAUAGCAGUGACAAAAAGUGGAGAUCUUGUUUAUACUGAUUUUGAUGAUAGAACUGUAAACAUUGUGAGAAAUGAGAAGAUAGAAGAGGUGAUGAGACUACAGAACUGGAGACCUCGUCGUGUUUGUAGUACUUCCUCUGGUGACCUCCUGGUUAUCAUGGACAGCGAUGAUUACAAACAAACAAAAGUUGUCUGUUACUCUGACUCCACAGAGAAACAGAGCAUACAGUUUGAUGAUCAAAGUAAACCACUCUAUUCUUCUGGUAAACGUGGCAGAUCCAUUACUGAGAACAAGAACAUGGAUAUAUGUGUGACUGACAAUAGAGCAGUUGUGGUGGUCAGUCUGGCCGGGAAACUGAGAUUCAGGUACACUGGACAUAUUCCUGAUCCAAAGAACAAACCAUUCUGUCCACGACACAACCCACCUAUAUCCUUUCAUCCACGAGAAAUCACCACAGUCAGUCAGAUUCACAUCCUUAUAGUUGAUUUUUACAAUGAUUGUGUCCAAAUCAUAGACCAGGAUGGACGGUUCCUUCGUUAUGUAGACUGUGAACUCAGUAAAUCCUAUGGACUGUGUACAGAUUCAAAUGACAAUCUGUUUGUUGCUCAGUUGUUAGACAGACAAGUGAAGAAAAUCAAAUAUACAAGGAUUGUCCAAAGCGUCCAAAGCGUUCGUGCACAAAUGCUUAAUUUUUUAAAUAAACUCCGCAUUGACAAACGUGUAUACUAA